AUGGCUCCAAGACGUUCGAAAGGUACCAAGGUCUCCACUGCAAACCCUCGGUGGACGUCUGGUGUAGAAGCUGCGAAGCAUGCCAGCGAUUUUCAGGCUGCUCUUGUGCAGGUGCAGUCAGUUAGUUCGGAGAAGCUAUAUUCCCCUUUCCCGCUGAGUUUGAGAGGUCCCUACAAGAAUCCGUUCCUGGGCCCGCAUUAUUACCAGGCCAACCCCAAAAAGUUGCUGUCUUUGGACGCUUGCUUAGUCAGAGCGCCUUUCGCUUAG